UCCACAAGACGGAAAAAAAAACAGUCUGUCAAACUUCUCACAGCAGCUGGCUGCUUGUUUCUACGAAAUAUUUUUUCUUAUUUUUAGAGCUAAGUGAUAAAAUGGGAUUUUAAUUAAAAGUAUAUUUUUGUUUUCCAUUAGAGGUCACCGGUCUACCACUGAGACAGCAAAAUGGUUGCCACCAGGCCCAUAGAACCUACAAAACCUGCUCCAUCAUUUAACCUGGUGCCGAAGAUCAUCAAUGGCGGUAUCGCGGGCAUCGUGGGCGUGUCGUGCGUGUUCCCCAUCGACCUGGUCAAGACGAGACUGCAGAACCAGAAGAUCGGACCCACCGGCGAGAAGCAGUAUAAGAGCAUGGUGGACUGCUUCAAGCAGACGUACCGCGCGGAGGGCUACUUCGGCAUGUACCGCGGGUCCGCCGUCAACAUCAUACUCGUCACGCCGGAGAAGGCAAUCAAGCUGGCCGCCAACGACAUGUUCAGAUACCAGCUGACUCUGCCUGAUGGGUCCCUCCCCAUCCCCCGGCAGAUGCUGGCGGGUGGCAUGGCGGGUGCGUGCCAGAUCGUGGUCACGACUCCCAUGGAACUGCUCAAGAUACAGAUGCAGGACGCCGGCAGACAGGCAGCGCAGGCUAAGAAGGAGGGCAAACCCUUCGAGCGCAUCGGAGCGAUGCAGUUAACGCGUCAGCUGUUCGCCUCGCGAGGCAUCCUCGGCUUAUACCGCGGUGUAGGCGCCACCGCAUUCCGUGACGUCACGUUCAGCAUCGUCUACUUCCCCACCUUCGCUAUAUUGAACGACCUGGGGCCCAAGGAGAAGAACACUGUACCGUUCUGGUGGUCAUUCCUAUCAGGCUGCGCGGCGGGCUGCGCGGCGGCGGUGGCGGUCAACCCGAUAGACGUGGUGAAGACGCGCCUGCAGACCAUCACGACCGACGGACGACAGUACAAGGGCAUCUUGGACUGCUUCGGAACCACACUGAAAGAGGAGGGUCCCGGAGCGUUUUUCAAGGGCGGCGCGUGUCGAGUGAUGGUGAUCGCGCCCCUGUUCGGUAUAGCCCAGGCAGUCUACUACAUCGGCAUUGCAGAGUACAUGCUGGGGUACAAGUAAACUGCUUCACAACUGUUGAAUGAACAGCUCGAUAGACAUUCUGUACGUCUAGCACAGACCAUAUAACAAAGACUACGCAUAAGCAAAACGUCUUUAGAAUCGCUAAAAGGUGAGGGCAGAGGUAGUCUCUCUUUUAUUGCCUCGUUCAAAGCUGUUCACUACAUAAUCUACAAGUGACAAUGUGGCGGAAGUCGUCUGGUAAUAUUGUUAAUGUAGCUAAAUUGGCGAAUACAUUGUAUCUUGCAAAGCGCUAUCUAAGUUAUAUGGUCUGAAAUCUCUAGUCACUAGAGUCUAGCGCAAGUUUUUAUAACCUAAAAAGUAUAUGUAUUUUUCAAUCAAUGCAAACAGGCUUGCAUACGAAGUUAAGCUGUACGAAAAAAGAAAGUCUAUUCGAGCUGUAAAGUUGAAGGUAAGCACAUACCUGUAGAGAUAGAUGGGUGUAGGGUGCGGCUCUUAUUGUAAAGUUAUAAGUGAAGUUACAAUCGUUAUUGAAUGUCUUGUCUCGUAAUCUUACCACUUCCAAUUAUGUAAAAGUGUUGUUAUUGUUACCUACGCAAAAAGGUUGGUCAAUUGCAUACCGAAACACCUCAGAAGUCUAGAUUUAAGUGUGUUAUAUUACCUAGUCUUGGAUGAAUAUCGUAAAAUUUCACUAACUUUGGGGGUAUUGAAUGUUUAGUUCCGCACAAUGCAUCCAUUUCUUGGUUCAAGAGAAAGGCGCUAGGACAAUUUUUUAGCAUUUUUUUGUUAUUUAAUUUUAAGUGAAUAUAUCCCUGUGAUCAUUUAUUUGAAGGUUCUGAUAAACGUUUUCUUGUGAAUGAACACCACAGAGAAAAAAAUAAAAGCGCGAGCAUGGCAUAUGUGUGAUGUUCUAUUACAGGUGAAUGAUCAAGUUUAUCAGAACCUCAAAAUGGUAGCAGAAGUAAUUUGGGCCUGUUUUCAGCCUGUUAAUUAUCUCCCUUCAUUCAGUCUAACUAUAACUACUCUACUGCUCGAAACAGUAAAUAUAAGUCAAAUCAUAGUUUCAGAAAAAUUACAUAGGUUCUUCAUAUUCAUAAUUUAUUAUGUUGCAUAAUUUUCUCGAUUACGUGAUACAUAGUAGUUAAUAUAUUUUAAUCAACCCCGAUUGGCUAACUACG